AUGCUUGGUAUUUUCAGGCCUGAGAAUAAUGGAUGGAAGUUAGAAGACAACCAGUAUCAAUUCGAUUGGUUCGAUGGAGACCAAUUACCAGCUUUCGUCAGUGAAUCGCUUGACAAAAACUCAGAGGCCGAAACGAAUAAUGCUGAUAUUGAUGACGAUGAUGAUGACAUAGACACUCAAUACAAAGAUAUUGAUGUAAAACCUUCAUAUUUAGAAUUUGAAUUGUAUUCCAUUAACCUAUUGUCAACUGUCACUCUCUGA